UUUCAACGAGCUACAAUGUCAGUUAGCCAACGUUUUUAGUCGGGCUAAACAGAUGCAUUUAUCAGUCAUUUGUAUUCGGGCAGAGAAUAACGACGUUUAAAACCCGUUUCGGCCAUAACAAACCGAUAGUACUCAUCAUAUACGAAGCAAAACAAACCGUAAAAAGGUGAAUUAACUGGCGUUCCAAAAACUCAAGAUGUCAGUCGAAUCUUCAAAAGGAGCUAUUAACAAUGGCUACGAACUGGAUCAUAAGGAGUUGGACAUCCGUGAUUCUGAAGAAUUCAAGGAACUUCCACUGGAUGACACUAGCGAUGCCCCAAAUAAAAAGGGAUAUUUUGAAAAGAAUCCGAAAGUAGCACGACUGGUGAGGAUCUCGAUUUAUGUACUCCUGCAUCUGUGUGUUGUGGGAUACUUCUCAUAUGCGACCUACCACUAUCACGACAUAACCAACUAUGAGUGCUACUGGAAAGACAACCCGUUGUGCGGCAUCAACUUCUGCACGGGCUACGGAAUGCUGCUGCUCCUCCUGGGAUUCAUCUAUUUGGGUCUCUUCUACUACUAUGUCUUCAAGCCGAUGGUGGGCCACAGCCUGCACAGGAACUACAUCAGACCAUUUUCAAAGAAAUGGCACAACUUCAGCAGAACCAGAGUGGUGUCAUUGGCCAGCAUCGCAUUGCUCCUGGCCCUUUUGGCCAUCUUUGUGUACUUCGAGUGCCGGGAUGAGCCCCAAAAACUGGUGUCCCUGGUGGCACCCUGCUUCUUCAUCCUGUGCGGCUACGUUUUCUCCACGAAUCGAAGAGCCAUUAAGUGGCGCAUAGUCAUCACGGGAAUCACGUGCCAGUUUCUGCUCGGCAUUUUCUGCAUCCGCUGGGAGGUGGGACGCAAAAUCUUCGAGUGCUUGGGCAACAAGGUGGCCACGUUUCUGGGCUAUGCCACCGAUGGAGCCGAGUUCGUGUUCGGCGACUUCCUGGUGCAGAACAAUGUGUUCGCCUUCGCAAUCCUACCGGUCAUCUUCUUCUUCAGCUUCUUCAUCUCCAUCCUGUACUACAUGGGCACGAUGCAGUGGGUGGUGAUCAAGCUGGGCUGGAUCCUGCAGCAGAUCCUGGGCACCACUGUUUGCGAGAGCGUGUCGGCGGCAGCCAACAUCUUCCUGGGCAUGUCCGAGAGCCCGCUGCUCAUCCGGCCGUAUAUCAACAAGCUGACCAAGAGCGAAAUCCACAGCAUCAUGGUGUCCGGAUUUGCGACCGUGUCCGGAACCGUAUUGGCGGCCUACUUGUCCUUCGGUGCCUCGGCCGCCCACUUGAUCACCUCCUCGGUCAUGGCAGCUCCCGCUACUCUGGCCAUCUCUAAGCUUUACAUGCCCGAAACGGAGGAGAGCUUGACUUCAUCUGAUUCAAUUGAACUGGAAAAAUCACAGGACUCUUCGCUGUUGGACGCAGCGUCCAGUGGUGCCAGCAACGCCGUGCCCAUUGUUUUGGGAAUUAUUGCCAACAUAGUCGCCUUCGUCGCCUUCAUCGCCUUCCUAAAUGGUCUGGUCAGUUGGUUUGGAUAUCUGGUGGGUCUCGAGCAAAUCGACUUUGAGUGGAUAUUCUCGAAGCUGUUUAUCCCACUGGUCUGGGCCAUGGGAGUGCCGAAAGAAGAUUGCGAUAUCAUCGCCAAGGUGGUGGCCACCAAAACCAUUAUCAACGAGUUUGUGGCCUAUGAGCGUCUGGGUCAAUACAUCGAAAAUAAUGAUAUCACUGCCCGCAGCGCUGGAAUCGCCACAUUCGCCAUCUGCGGCUUUGCCAAUCCCAGUUCCCUGGGCAUCCUUAUCGGAUCGCUCAGUGCCAUGGCACCACAUCGUCGUUCCACCAUCACAGCAGUGGCUUUCCGAGCGUUUGUGGUGGGCAGCAUAGUCUGCUUCGUAUCCGCCAGCUUUGCAGGCAUCCUUAUACAAGAAGAUGACGAGCGGGCGAACUACAACAGGAUAUUCCAGAAGUUGGGUCGAAAGAAUGUUACGCAGUUUUAGUUCCUUGAAGUUGUAGAUCGUGAUAAUUAGCUGAUCAAAUUAAGCAAAUUAAAAUUCUUAUUUAUUAAAGAUGUUAGGAUUA